AUUUCCAAGUGUACAUGUUAGUAACUGACAUAAAGAAAUGUGUGUAAUGUUUAGUUCUGUGUAUUUGUAUUAAAUGUGAUAGGUUUGUGGUAUAAAUGUGUGGAAUUACCUGGUAAGGUCCUCCACCAUGUCCUGGUUGAAACUGAUCCAUCCUGUGAUUUCUGGCUCCAUGAGGUCACACUACCAUGGAGUCCGGGUGACACUUCAGGUUCGAUGUAUCUCCCAGUGUGUGUUCAGAUCUCAACCCGACUUCAGAUCACCAUGCAUCCCCGUUGCACCAGCAUCCUCUCUACAGCCCCACAGGAGCGCAAGCUCAGCCACGCCCGGCUGGUAUGACGGUGUGGCCGACUCCGCCCCAGUUCAUCUGGUCGAGCAGCUCCUGAUCUCCAGCCAGCAGACGACGGGGCUGCCGUGGUGGGUGGGAAUCAUCUGUACCACGCUGGCACUGCGCACUGUGGUCACUCUGCCCCUCGCCGUCUACCAGACCGUCAUCAUCGCAAAGGUUGAAGCCCUGCAGAAGGAGAUCGCAGAGUUAGCGAAGCGCCUGCACUACGAGAUCUCCAUGCGGGCCAAGGAGAAGGGCUGGUCCGAAAAAACAUGCAGGUACCAUUUCAGGAAGAAUCUCCGGCGGAUCGUGUCUGAGCUCUACGUGCGGGACAACUGCCACCCGUUUAAGGCCAGCCUGCUGAUCUGGGUACAGCUGCCCAUGUGGGUUUGCAUCUCGUUAGCCCUGCGCAACCUCAGCUUAGGAGCGGAUCACGUCACACCAGGGGUGCAGGAGGGGUUGGCAGCAGGGGGCGCUCUCUGGUUUCCAGAUCUCACACUCCCAGACUCCACCUGGAUCAUCCCUGUCAGUCUGGGUCUCAUCAACCUGCUCAUAACAGAGAUUUUUGCUCUGCGACGACUCGAAACAUCCAAGUUCCAGAAGUACGUGACCCACUUCAUCAGAGGGAUUUCUGUGGUUAUGAUUCCUUUAGCUGCCACCGUCCCGUCUUCCAUGGCUCUGUACUGGCUGAGCUCCAGCUGUGUCGGACUGGGUCACAACCUCCUCCUGCGAUCCCCACGGUUCCGCUCUCUCUGCAGAAUCCCGUCCACUCGCUCCGACUCCGAAACGCCCUACAAGGACAUCGCAGCGGCCUUCGUCGCCAAAUAUAUCAAAUAAAUAAUAUGGACCGGAUUCUGAGGAAUCUUGUUAUCAGUCUGAUCGAGGGUUGCAGAGACUGGACCGAGUUCCUGUGGAAUUCAGUGUGGACUGAAGUGGACGGAUCUGAUUAAUGGAGUGGACAGAGAUGAAACGUGAACCCACAGUCAUGUUACAAUAUACAUGAAGUGAACGAUCGUGAUGUGUUUUUAUCAUUUUUAAAUGUUUUGGAAUGAGUGGAUGAAUGUAAACAUAAGUGGCAGAAUAACUGAUGGGGAUAGUUGGUACUGGUCCAGUAAUCAGAAGGUUGCCGGUUCAAGCCCCACCACAAAUGCCAAAAAUGUAAAUGUAACUUAUGAGAAGAAAUAAAACAGAGAGAUUUA